AACGGCACUCAGGAGUCCUCAAGUGCGAAUAAGACCACCAACUCUAAAAUGGGUAUUUCAUCACUAAUUAUGUGGUGUUCUGCCUUUGGAAUAGUCGACAUUCUCGUCGUUGGUGCAAAUGUCUUGGCUUUGCUAGUGUUUAACUCGAGUCGACGGCUCUUAAAAAAGCGACAUAACCAGUUCUUGAUCGUCCUGGCUAUCUCAGAUAUUAUGGUUGGUCUCACCGUAAUUCCCUUGUAUGUAUACCACUUGAUAUCCUGGUGGCUUGAAAGCCGUCCGUUACUUGGGAAUGCAUUGCGAGACGUUUUCAAUGCUGUAGACAUAUUAUCCGGAUUCGCUUCUAUCUUCACUUUAGCGGCGAUUGCAGCGGAUCGAGUCUAUGCCAUCGUGUUUCCUCUUUACCACAAAGUCCCUCCAAAGGGAGUUUACCCCUCUAUGAUAGCCUCUGUGUGGAUGUUAUCGGGAUUACUCGUAGUCUACUAUUUUUUGUCUCGGAUUGAUGUCUUACCGAUAGAAGCGUUCAUUUAUCUUUUGCUAUGCAGCAUCUCGUUUUCUCUUCUAGUCAUUUGCGUGUCCUAUUUGCUAGUCUGGGCAAGAGUUAAGUGCUUUAAAAUAAGCCACGGCCUCAAAGGAACACCAUUUCGCGAGAGACGAUUGGCAGAACUUUUAUUUCUGCUAACUGUUAUUUUUAUCUGUACCUGGCUACCGUUUCAUGUUGUAAAUUUCAUUUUCCAUUUUUGCAAACCGUCGAACUGCCGUCCUCCACCCGUUUCUCUCGUUUACUUUAGCAAACUUUUACAUUAUAGCAACUCCUUUUUGAACCCCAUUGUAUAUUGCUAUAGAAACAGCGAGUUUCGAAGAUGUCUGAAGAAACUGGUACGUAAUUUAUCAUCCCGAUCAAAACCAGUAAUAUCAGAUAAGAAGGAACACUACGGAAUGAAGGAAAGACGAUUACUUUUAGAACGACAAGAUGCCUUUCGUCGCAUUCUGAUCAAAGAAAGCAGGGUAUGA